AUGCCAGUGUGCAGCAUGGAUGGAAGCAUGGAUGACAAAGAGGAAAUCUGUCUCACUCCAAGAUGUACCGUGGCAUCUGCUCGAUUGAUUCGGUCAAUUGACACUAGCGUUAACCCAUGUGAUAAUUUUUUUGAUUAUACAUGUGGUCAAUGGGUCAAACGACAUGCCAUACCCGAUGACCUUUCAUCUAUUGAUACUUUCACUGUACUUAGAGAUGAAGUGGAGAACACGCUUAGAGAAUUAUUGGAAAACAGCGUAUCUUCGAGUGAUGCCAGGGCGAUUCGAAAGGCAAAACUUCUGUACAAAUCGUGUAUGAAUGAAACAUUAAUCGAAGAACGCAGUUUAGCAGAAUUUGAAACAGUACUGAGAGGAGAAUUUGGUGAUUGGCCAGUACGGUACAACAGUAGGGAUAUAAAUAAUUUUAGUCUAGUUAAUUUACUGUCAUCGUUAAGAAAAUACAAUUGUCAGCCUUUAAUUCACAUUGCAGUUCGCUCAAACAAUAAGAACUCCACUAGUCAUGUACUUUCGAUUGAUCAACCAUCUUUCGGUAUGCCUGGGCAAAAGUACUACUUGAAAGGUCGCAAUGAUACCAAAUUAAAGGCUUAUGAAAAGCUCGCCGUUCAGAUGGCAAUCAAUUUUGGGGCCGACCCGAAGACAGCUGAAGAAGACAUGAGUGAUAUGGUGGAUUUGGAGAUAAAGCUUGCCAACAUUAUUACGCCGCCAGAAAAUAGACGUGAUAAUGAGAGGCUUUACAACAAAAUGACAGUCAAAGAACUUUCACACAAAUUCAAAGAGUUUGAUUGGAUGUCCUAUUUUACUCAAGUCAUGAACAUCCCCAAAAAGUCUAUAUAUAUCAACGAGACAGAGAAGAUUAUUGUUCGGGAUCCAUCUUAUUUUACAGAGCUUAUGAAAAUUCUAACUCAAGUCGACAAACGGAUUCUGGCAAACUAUGCAAUUUGGAUUUUAGUAAAACAAGUUGGCGUUUUCCUACCCUCACGUUUCCGUAAACUUAUACAAGAAUAUGACAAGGUAAUGACAGGAAUCGCCUCGGCGCGUCCUCGAUGGAGCUCGUGUACACAGUUCACAAACGAUCAUCUCGGAAAUGCUGUAGGACGAAUGUUUGUUCAACAGAAUUUUGACGACGAAGCCAAAUCGCAGAUGAUCGAAAUGAUAAGAAACUUGCAAGAUUCAUUCAGUGAAAUUCUUAAGGAACUGGAGUGGAUGGAUACAGACACACGGAAAGUUGCGCGAGAAAAGGCAGAGAGUAUGCGCGAGAUGAUUGGUUACCCAGACAAAAUCUUGAAUGACACGGAACUAGAUCGUCAAUAUAAACAGAUCGAUUAUGACCCGGAUAACUUUAUGAAGAAUGUUCUAGAGACCAUGAAGGGCAAUGCCAUUGAAAAUCUUAAGGUCUUAAGGGAUACUGUGGACAAGGACAGGUGGAUUACACAGCCAGCCGUGGUCAACGCAUUUUACAGCUCAACACGCAAUUCUAUCUGUAAGUAUUUUUAUUGUUUACUGGGUUCGAUGAAUUAUGGAGCUAUUGGUGUGGUGAUUGGUCAUGAGAUAACACACGGCUUUGAUGACAGGGUCUAUGAACAAAUAUAUUCUUAUAGAAAUAUUACAAUUUAUUUAUGUUGCAUAACGUAUUCUAUUUAUUAUAUUUUAAAACAGAUCAAUGGGCGAAAUACCCUGGGUGAAAAUAUCGCCGAUAAUGGUGGACUGAAGCAGUCAUUCCGGGCUUACAAGAACUGGAUCCGUAAGCGAGGAGCAGAAGAGCCGAAACUACCCGGUCUUAACUAUACCCAUGAACAAUUGUUCUUCCUGGGAUUUGCGCAGGUUUGGUGUGGGAACAUGCGGCCCCAGUAUGCACAGAACCGCAUUUUGUCUGGGUACCACAGCCCAGGUCGAUUUCGGGUUAUUGGUACACUGCAUAACUCGAAGGAAUUUUCAGAAGCCUUCAACUGCCCAAAGGGCAGCUACAUGAAUCCAGAGAAGAAGUGCUCAGUGUGGUGAGAAAGUAUUUGACGGUUCACUGCAUAGUGCCACACUCAACAUUUCUAUGUGUUUUCUCCUCGGUGUACUUUCAAUUUCUGGUGACUGAACAUUAUUACCUCGAGCAAACGUACAAAUGAGAGGACACUACAAAAGAGGUUUUAACACUAUAAAAUCCACCAACAAAUAUAUAUAUGUAUA